GCCUUUCACUACGCUUUUAUUGUGAGCGCUCCGUUUUUCCGCACAGCGCGUGAGAGUGCGGUAAGUGUCGCGCGCGGUCACGAGCAGUCAGGAGUCCUGCGAUGCGAGCGCGCCGGGGAAAGCAGCUGGGUCGCGGACGGACCCGUGCGCGCGCGUGUGAAAAGAGAAGGAAACGCGCAUGUAGCCUAUGGAUUGUUUCGGCCUCAGGUGUGCGACGCUGCUGCUGGCGGUGACGCUCGCGCCGCUCGUCACAGCACUUAAGUGUGUGUGUCAGCUGUGUGCGAAUUACACCUGUGAGACGGAGGCUGAGGGUGCAUGCUGGAAUUCGGUGAUGCUCAUCAAUGGCAAGGAGGAGGCUGUGAAGUCCUGCUUGUCACCCAGCGAGCUAAAGGGACAGGUUUUCUGCUACAGCUCCAAAGAUGUGUCAAAACGCAACUGCUGCUUUACUGAUUUCUGCAACAACAAAACGCUUCACUUACGCCCAGAAACAUCCUCUGAGACCUCUGAUUGGGGGCGUCUUGAGUUAUCGGCUGUAAUCCUGGUGCCGUCCUGCCUGCUGUGUGUUGGUGUGUUUCUGGGUGUGUGUGCUGUCCGGAACCAACGCUGCCUGCACAGUAAGAGCCGAAACCAGGACCCAGAAGAGCCUCUGGAUGACCAAAGUCUCGUGUCAUCAGAGAAAUGCCUGAAAGAACUGAUUUAUGACAUGAGCACAUCAGGCUCGGGAUCAGGCCUGCCACUGCUGGUACAGAGGACAAUAGCACGAACCAUCGUGCUGCAGGAGAGCAUCGGUAAGGGUCGAUUCGGGGAGGUGUGGAGAGGGAAGUGGCGAGGAGAAGAUGUGGCUGUGAAGAUCUUCUCUUCCAGAGAUGAACGCUCCUGGUUCCGCGAGGCAGAGAUCUACCAGACCAUCAUGCUGCGGCACGAGAACAUCCUGGGCUUCAUAGCAGCUGAUAACAAAGAUAAUGGUUCCUGGACUCAGCUGUGGCUUGUGUCUGAGUAUCAUGAACAUGGUUCACUUUUUGACUACUUGAACAGAUACACAGUGUCUGUGGAUGGGAUGGUCGUCCUCGCAUUGUCCAUCGCCAGCGGCCUGGCUCACCUUCACAUGGAGAUCAUCGGCACUCAGGGAAAACCAGCAAUCGCUCACAGAGACCUAAAGUCCAAGAACAUUUUGGUAAAAAAGAACGGCACUGCGGUUAUCGCUGAUCUAGGACUGGCUGUCAAACACGACUCUACCACCAACACUGUCGACAUCCCGGCUAACCACAGAGUGGGCACUAAGAGGUACAUGGCCCCUGAAAUUUUGGAUGACGCCAUCAACGUGAGCAGCUUUGAGUCGUUUAAGCGGGCUGAUAUCUAUUCUCUGGGUCUGGUGUUUUGGGAGCUGGCCCGAAGAUGUUCAGUCAGAGGGAUACAUGAGGAUUUCCAGCUGCCUUAUUAUGACCUGGUGCCUUCAGAUCCGUCGGUGGAGGAUAUGAGGAGGGUUGUGUGUGAGCAAAAACUACGGCCCAACAUCCCCAACCAGUGGCAGAGCUGUGAGGCCCUACGAGUGAUGGGUAAGAUCAUGAGGGAGUGCUGGUACACCAACUCGGCCGCUCGCCUCACUGCGCUACGCGUAAAGAAAACCAUCUCUCAGGUGACAGUGGUCAAAGACGUUAAAGAAUAGCGCACACACUACAAGCUCAAAGGUGCUGAUGGCCUUCGAGUGACCCCUUCAUUACUAAACAUGGGACCACAUUGCAAAGCUCUCCAUCCAUGAUGCCAAGCACUCCAUUGUUUUGCAGUGGAGCCUUCCCUCUCGCAAGUGACUGAGAGUGAGAAGGAUUUUGAGCUGCUCAGAGUGAACCUGGUCUUGUGUAGGGAAUUGAGAAGGUGCAGGGAGUAUGCAGAGAAGCUGUGAACUUGUGUAUAAACAAGAAUUGAGUAUUUAUCCGAAUGACAACACUGCCAGCUGUAUUUUUUCAUAUCAUUCAUGUCUAUUCUCCAUCUUUUUUUUUUCUUCUCAGUAUGUUGUCUUGUUUUUUCCUUGACAACUUCCUUCUAAUUAUUAUUUUUCUUUACUUGUCUCCGUUAGUCUCUUUCAAUCCUCCUCCUGUUCAUUUUGGUGUUUCUUUAGCUGCUCCUGCUGAAGUUGUUAAUCAUCAUGCACCAAAUUAUCUUUGCAUUUUUCUGUCACGUGUCAGUUAUUACGGGUUAAAUUUGUACACUAAGUUGCCAGUUCAUUGCGUAUAUCCGCCAGGUACCUACACUUACUCACUAUUUUAUCAGGUAACACUACAGGUUAUACUUAGAGCAUGAGUGUGCAAAUAUUAUUUGAGUGGUGACGCAUUUUCAGGGCUGCUGAACAGUGAGGCGAUAGCGUGUGUGGCCCUGGUACGAGUGAAUCAGGUGGAGCAGUAUUGCUAAGUUGAUUUACGCUUCUCAUUGUAACAGCUGGAAGUCCACCAAAUGAAAAUCCACCCAAAAGCUGUGCUGUAGUCAAGCACUGAUGCUGAUGAUGAGUCCUAGACGAUUAUCACCGAAGUGUUCAAUAAUGUUACAGAUUUCUUUAAUGUUCCCAUGGCAACAAGAACCAAGUGUUCAUGUUUGUAAUUAUUUCUGUGUUGGUUUUGUCUUCACUUCUUGUCCCACCAGUGCUUUGUUCCUCAAUUUGUGUGUGCAGCUGUUCCCAGCUUUAGGCCAUGACUGGGUUGUAUAUAAAUCCCCAUGUUGAUUCAAUGCGAAGUCUUACCAUGCAUUAAGUCUAAAAUGUGUAUCCUGAGUAGCAUAUUUGUUAUUUUCAUGUUUCCACCUUCUAACUGUUACAUGUCCUUUAGAUUAUGAUUAUGGAUUAUUGCAGGUUAUCAUCACUUACCUGUGAUUUAAUGCAUGCAGUGAUUUUUCUCAGAAUUUAACCCAAUCAUUCUACACAUUAUAGUUGUAGACAUCCAGAGUUAAAACUUGAGCUUGUCACUAUUGGUGCAGUCUUGAGAAUGCUACACCCACACAGUAUCAUUUGCAGUUACAUGACAGGCUUUUUCCAUUGUUGUAAAAGGUAAAGGGGCCUGACAGAAUAAACAUAAAUAAUGAGCUACUUUCUAUAUGAAUUAAUAAUCUAUAUAAGUAAAAUUAAUACAAGAGUCAGUGUGUGUAGCUACAAGGUGGGUUCGCAACAAAAUGCUAACUUUCUGUACACUCAGCCUUCCACUUUAUUAGGAACAUUUGUACACCUGCACAUAAAAAAAUGAAAAUGUCCAAUCAGCCAAUAAUCGGGCAAGAGUGUAAUAUUGCAGAUUCGGGUUGAGAUUUAAUAAAUAUUUAAAUCAGCAUGUGAAACAUGAACUUGGUCACUUUGACCUUCAUAUGACUGUUCAGUAUUUUCAGACACUGCUGAUCUCAUGAGAUAUUUCACACACAAUAGUAUUAUUUAAACUAGACUGGUUUGAGCUGACAGGAAGAAACCAAUAAGUCAAAUAACUACUUUUUGCAACAGUGAUGAGCAGAACUCAAAUGCACAACAUGCCAAACUUUGAGGCUACAAAAUUAGGAGUCCAUACUGAAUUCCACUUCUGUCAACUACAAAUCUGAGGUACAGUAGACACAGACAAGUACAGGUGUUCCUAUUAAAGUGAAUGCUAUUAAGGUAUAUUAAACAACAGCCUGUUAAAUCACAGUGAUACAUUUGUCAUAUGAAAUGGAAUUUAUGGUUGGGUUAAACUCAAAUCUGACUCAAGGGGCCAACGGCUUUAGAUUAUUCAGACGCAUAAACUGCAGCCCAGGUGUCACUUUAACUGUCUCGUGGUACUGCUUUCAUUCUACAGUCUUUACUUUGCCAUACAAGUUGUACUUCCUGUUUCUUUUAGAAUACAAAGAUAACUGCUACCUCAUGUGCUUACUCUAAGUGCCAAAUGGAUCGAAGUGUUGUGUUAUAAUUGCUUUGGUUGAUGUUAUGCUUAUAUAGUGUAUUCUUUUUGUAUAUACGAAUUGUAAUUGUUACUGAGUAAAACACUUAUAAGACAGGA